GCAGGCUGGCACCGGUAGUUAACCUAGGAUGUGAAGAAUUGUAGCUAGUCUGUAAAAAUAAAAACCUCGCUCUAGUGAGGAAGGAGAAACGGCGCAGGACUAUGGACCCGGUGAACAAUGCUGAGACAGGAGAUACAGAAACCGAACUGGAGCCGGUCUGUGUUCUUAUUCCGAAAGAAACGAGGUGCAAGAAGGAACAGGAAAAGCUGUCCGGAGUCGUCAAGAAUGUCCAUAGAAAACUGCGAAGAAAAUACAGAGAAGUGGGGGAUUUUGAGAAGAUCUGGCGAGAGCACUGUGAGGAUGAGCAGACUCUGAGUGAAUAUGCCCUGGCCAUGAAGAACCUGGCCGACAACCACUGGGCCAAGACUUGUGAGGGAGAGGGCCGCAUCGAGUGGUGCCGCAGUGUUUGUCAGGAGUAUUUCCUGGAUGGUGGAAUGAAAAGAAUGUUGGAGAAGGAUGAGAAGAGUGCCAGGCUUGCCAUAGCCACCUCAGCUGCAACUCUGAGUACCCAGCCUUAUAGCUCCUUCAUCCCCAGGUCCAUCUCCCAGCUUGGUAAAAUGCGGCUGCUGGACGUUGGCAGCUGUUUUAACCCCUUCCUGAAGUUUGACGAGUUCCUCACAGUCGGUAUUGACAUAGUGCCUGCGGUCGAGAGUGUAUACAAGUGUGACUUCCUUAACCUCCAGCUCCAGCAGCCCCUGCAGCUGGCUGGUGACGCAGUGGAAGCCUUCCUGAGACAGCUGUGUAGCCCCAUCGACGCACUGCCCGCCCAGCUCUUCAACGUGGUGGUCUUCUCCCUGCUCCUCUCCUACUUCCCGCCUUACCAGCGCUGGAUCUGCUGCAAGAAGGCCCACGAGCUGCUGGAACUGCACGGCCUGCUGCUCAUCAUCACCCCCGACUCCUCCCACCAGAACCGCCACGCCCUCAUGAUGCGCAGCUGGCGCGUGGCGGUGGAGUCACUGGGCUUCAGGCGCUGCAAGUACAUUAAGUUCUCCCACAUGCACCUCAUCGCCUUCCGCAAGGUGUCCCUGACCACCACCAGCGACCUGGUCAGCCGUAACUACCCAGAGAUGCUCUACAUCCCUCAGGACUUCCAAUCCCACGAGGAGGAGGACUACACCGACGUGCUGGUUCAGGCGCACUCCGUCUUCGAGGACGACCAGCUGGCGUGGGGCUUUACGGAGCUGCCGGACACGCCCUACGACUCGGAUUCAGGAGAGAGUCAGAGCAGUUCCUUGCCCUUCCUACACGAGCUGGAGGACCCCAUACUGCUGCAGAGCUGAGCUAGACUAGCUAAACCCCUACUAGCUUCUCUCUCAAAGUCCUUAUUCAAUCCCUAAGGCUCCCCGUGGCCCUAACCUUUCAAUGUUUGCAGAUCUGUAAGGAGGAAAGCAAUAUUGUUGUAGCUUUGCCACUGCACUGCUUAUACCUAACCAGAGCCUUCAGACAUGCAACAUGGGAGGGGCAAGUGAGAGGGAUGGGGAGCAAUUUGAGACCGGCUGUCUCUGUCCCCAACUGCUGCGCUGCCAAAUGAACCUGCUGCAUUCUUCUCACACCCGUCUUUUCCCUUAACUAAACAACGCAGUUUGCACAGAUUGGAAGAAAAAUACGUUUACAGAAGUGAGUUGUUUAUUAUUCGAUAUCUUACAUGGUUAGUCUCUCAACACAACUGCACACACACACAAUAAAUGAGUAAAAAAAAAAAAAUGAAGACAUGUUUGCUGAAUGCCCUCAGGAUAGAUGUAGUUAGCCUGCCCCUUGCAUUUCAUCCCAUCUUUGUGAUCUGUCACGCUCUACUAACAGAAGACAAUCAACAUUUUCAAAGCUGCUGACUUUAAAUCUCUCUUAAAGAGACCAAUACCACAGGUUUGUCAGGUUUGGUUAGUGGAAAGAUUGAGAUGGAAAGAGGGAUAAGCUUGUUUCUGUAAAUCAGGCACGGCUUUCUCUAAUUCUUGGCGUGCAUUUAGUUUUCCAAAAAAGAAAGAAAAACAACAUUGUUGUACUCAAACUAUGUGAUUUUGUUCACUUUUGAACACUGGUUUUGUCCAACACGAUGUGUGGCAAACGCCAUUUUAUUUCAGCGUCUUUUUCACUGAUUCAUAACAAUUAAAGUGAUAUUUGUAGCAUUUUCAGUACCUUAAGGUAGGCGUAUGUAGUUACGUUGCCUAGUUAAAGGUAAAAAAAUAUAUAUAUACUACAAAUUACAACUUUUCCUAAUGUGAAACCGUUUGGGGGUUUUCAUAGUAUACCAUGGUACGAGUGUUGCAAAUUAGUCAUUUGCUCUAUUUUCUCUGCUGGUGUGAAGAAACUGCUAUGUACAAAUGCACAGAUGUUAGCUUACCUUCAAUGUUCAAUACAACCUUAUUUGUAGUAAAAAAAAAAAAAAAAACUCUUGUGAGGAACAAUAUUUAGGCUUCAUUAUCUGAUUAAUAAUAGGUUUCUAGUGAUGCCUUGGCUUCUUUAUAGGUAACUGUUGGCUUCUCUAUAGGUACUGGUAACUAGAGAAAUUAUACUGACCACACUAUGUACACUCAAGUGAAACACAUAUAUCGACUAAGACACCAGCUUUAGCUAUCAGUUACUGUUUUACCUAAUUUCCUGUAAAGUACUUCAUAUCUGAGGAGAGCAACAUUGGCCGUAGGAAGAAUUGUUGAAUUCAAAAUGUUUUUAUUUUAUUUGUCUAUUUACUUUUUCAUUCAUAGGUUGGUAGAAUAAGUAUAGUAUCAACAAAUACUGAGUCAUUCAUUGCAUCAGUAAGUUAAUUUGACUAUCCCUUUUUAUAUGUAUUUUCAUCCACAACAUGAAAGUACUUAGUGUGUACUCUGCUUAAAGAAAUGUAUUAACUCCAUACAGUUAUCAAAAUGGUCUUAUGAACUCCAAAAGAUUCGCCUCAAUGAGGUUUUGCACUAAUACCACACGGUCUCAUCUUUAGUCAUGCAAUCUCUGAUCUCAUCAAAGUGCAUUUUAGCAAUAGCCAGGUGUAUCCUGUACUGUAUCCUUAUGGGGAAGGUUUCUGUGUUGUUCUGAAUGACACUAGCACACAAAUAAUCAUUUUGUUAUAUAUUUGUAAUGAUAUUAUCGUUUUUUUGUAUAUGUGUGUGUGGAGAUAUGUAGGUUAAGUGUGCAUGAGUGUUUGUUGUAAUGUACUUGUGUGUGGCACUGUACUUCAUAAAUAGUAGACUAAUCUCUCAGCUGCCAUGAGUCAUGUGAUUCCUGUCAUGGGGGAUAUAGGUUGCUUCCCAAAAUGGCACCCUAUUCCCUUGGUCAAAAUUAGUCCACUAUGUAGGGAAUAGGGUGCCAUUUGGGAUGCACCCCUAUGAAUAUAACCAGUAUGAUGUACCUGUACCCUAAUGUUCUCACACUCUCUUUACCUGAAAUCCUAAAGGUGCCUUACUUAUCCCCGGUAAUGUUUUUGCAGUCCUGGUUCUCAUGCCCAUAUGUUAGAGAAUUCACACUUUUCACUUGGCAGUAUACAAUGUGUUUUCUUUGCCAUAUAAUUGUGUUAUGUGCAACUGUACAAAUGAACUACCAGCUACCACUUAAAAGUAUAAUUGGCUCAACGUUUUACCCUAAGAACAAUGUGUUUUUGUUUAAAGGAUGUAAUUUGUCAUUGAUAAUAAUUACAUAAUUGCUUUCAAAUUGCUAUACAUCCAUUGUAACUAGAUAACUUUCUGGUCAGUUCAUGUUUGAUGUACUUUAAACUAUUUAUCUUUAACAGAAAAGACAGACAUUUCUCAUUACAAAUCAUUUGCUUGAGGGUUGUGAAUUGUACCAGUAAACAAUUAGCGACACACUCAUCCUUGUAUCUGUCUUCCAAGAGUUUGAUUCCAUUACUUUCAUAAACAGCUUCAUUUUCAGUAUUAAGGAUUUUGACAAUUGCAGGACAAUGUGUGCAUGGUUGUUAUUCUAUUUUAUAAAUGAAUGUUAAUGCAGCUUCUAUGUCUGAUUUUAUUGUCUACUCCAUUCUGUUUAAAAAAAUAAUAAAUUUAGGACUGAGGUGAACUUGA